AUGGGAGACUGUUCGGUUAAAGUCGCAGUUCGUGUGCGUCCAUUUAACAGCCGUGAAAAAGAAGAAGGUGCAGAACUCUGCGUUGAGAUGCGAGGAAAUACGACAAAAGUAAGAAAUAAAGAAAAUGGGACAAUAAAAGAAUUUCACUAUGACUAUUCAUAUUGGUCCCAUGAUGGCUUUAACGAAGAUCCUACAACUGGUAUCUUGACAAAGGCUUCUCCUUCCUCUCAAUAUGCAGACCAACAAACAGUUUUCAAUGAUAUUGGUGUUGGUGUAUUAGAUAACGCAUGGCAAGGGUAUCAUUGCUGCUUAUUUGCCUAUGGACAAACAGGGUCUGGGAAAUCCUAUUCCAUGGUCGGGUAUGGAAGCAAUAAAGGGAUUAUCCCAAUUGCCUGUGAAGAAGUCUUCAUUAGGAUCUCUCAGAGGGCUUCUCCUUUUAUAGAAUGCAAAGUUUCUGCAAGCAUGCUAUAUACAUUAAAAUUGUGACACGUGUCAACCUACCAUCUUGGUGCAGCAGUCCAGAUCUUAUGGCCACGGCGAACUGGGACGGACUCCGAGCCGAGAAUCAGACGCAAGCUCAAUAAUUAUGUAUCCUGGUAGGUUUUGGCUGCUUUCCUGUGGUUGGAAAUGGAGGUGCUCAGCAACGUCCUUUGGAUCCGAGGAUCCAUAGGCAUUCCUCUACUGAGAAACUGGGGGUUCGGCCCAAACCACAGGGAAACAGUCUUUUUCCUGUAGCUGACGAAGAAAGGCACUUCGACACCUGAAAGACUCCAAGGAGUUGGUCUUUUGGAAUCAAGCUACUCCUAUCGUCCGUAGCAGGGCCGCAGAAAUCGAUAAGCCGCCCACUCAAGACUGAAGCCUCAAAGCAAGGAGGAGACAGAAGGCACCGAAAGGGCACUCGUAAGAGGGAUAGAACCUCUGGGCUGGAGUCAAAAAGCGGUAGAACCCCCUUACGGGAGGUCUUUAGUGAUUGCGUCACCAAUAUGGCUAGCGCCUGACUUUAAUAAUCCUAAUCCUGCUGCAAGCAUGUUAGAAAUUUAUAAUGAGCAGGUACAAGAUUUACUUCAGCCUCCACAAAACAGAGUAAAAGGAGGCUUGAAAAUCAGAGAAGAUCCUAAAAAAGGUGUCUUUGUAGAAGGACUGAUUGAGCAGCCUUGUUCAUCUUAUGAAGAAAUUUCGGCUGUUCUUGAUAGAGGGAAUAAAAGCAGAACGGUAGCAGCUACUCAAAUGAAUGCUACUAGUUCGCGAGCACAUACAGUUUUGACAAUCUCUUUUACCCAGAUUUUUUAUGCGAAAUCUUGUAAUGAAAGAAUUUUUAUUUAUUUAUUUUGAUAGAUUAAAGCGGAAAAUUAGUGAAGAGGUGUUUGCUAUAAUGGCUUAUUCAAAGAUAUAAAGAUAUGAUGAAGCAACGGGAAAGCCACUUAAUAGAAAGCAAAGCAAUAUAAACUUAGUCGAUCUUGCAGGCUCUGAAAGAGCUGCAAAAACUGGCGCAACUGGGGACAGGCUCCAAGAAGGCAGCAAUAUCAACAAGUCUUUGUCUUCUUUAGGAAAAGUAAUAACAGCUCUCGCCAAACGAUCAUCAGGACAGCUUGCAAAAGGUGAAGUUAUCCCAUAUAGAGAAAGUAAACUAACUCCCCCCCCCCUCCGUGAGCGAACAAAAAAAUUUUGUUCACUCACGGAGGGGGGUUAAUUUUUUUUUUUAAAAAAAAAUUUAUAUAUAAAUUUUAUAAAAAAUAUUUUUUUUUCGAAAUUUAAAAAAAUCCUAAUUUGCAAAAAUUGGGAAGCAAAUAUUAAUUUAAUUUGCAAAAUUUAUGUUUUAAAAACGCAAUUUGUUUAAAAUUAAACAGAAUUAGCUCUAGAUUUCAUUAUACUAAUUAUCACUUAUAUAUCAAAAUUUUUUUCCAUUAAAAUUUUUUUCUAUUAAAAAAAUUUUUGUUCACUCACGGAGGGUGGGUUUUUGGGUCAAAAAAUGGCGAUUUUCUAAUGGUUUUGUUCGCUCACGGAGGGGGGGGGGAGUAACCAGAAUUUUGCAAAAUGCCUUGGGAGGAAAUAGUAUGACUACUAUGAUUGCUGCUAUUUCCCCUGCUACAUUUAACUAUGAUGAAACCAUCAGCACUCUCAGAUAUGCAGACGCUGUCAAAUCGAUCAAAAACCAAGCUGUAGUUAAUGAAACUCCACAAGAAAAACUUAUAAGAGAGCUUAAAGAGGAAAACGAAAGGCUAAAAGCGCUAGUGGAAGGCAGAGGAGGAGGUGGAGGUGGAGGUGCUGGAGGAGGAAUGAGUGACCAAAUGAGAGAAGAAUAUGAGCGGCAAAUAGAAGAACUACGAAAAGCUAAAGAAGAUGCUGAAAAAACGCGUGAACAGCGAACUCAGGAAGUAGUGCAUAGAGCCGCAUUUAUAGAAGAAAAAAUAACAACCCCACAUCUCUCAAAUUUAAAUGAAGAUCCUUUACUUUCUGGCUAUAUUAAGCACGCUUUUAAAAAAGGGACAAAUGUGAUAGGCAAAAAAAAUCCACAAAGUCCUCCUAAUAUAACAAUUGAAGGGCUAGGAAUCGGCAUUAACCAUUGUACAGUCACAUAUAAUGAUGAAAUAAAGCUAAAACCAUCCACAGAUCCUUCACUAAAGACUCUUGUAAACGGAAAAGUCCUUACACAAGAAAUCACCUUGCAGCAUCAUGACAGAAUUCGCUUUGGGAACCACAAUUAUUUUCUAUUCAUAGAUCCUGAUGAACUUGGAGGAGCUCCUUUUGACUGAGAAAAAGCUGUAAAUGAAGCCAGCCAAGAUCAAGUUAAUGGGCUGAUUGGUGCAAAUAAUGAAGAAAUGAAGGCAAAAGAAGAAGAAAUGAGGAGAAAAUUAGAAGCUGAGUGGGAAGAAGCAAGAAAAAAAAUGGAAGAUGAAAAAGCUCAGCUUGAAAAAAUGCUGAAAGGGAAGAAAAAUGAAGAUGCUGCUACACAGAAAGCUUUGUUUGAAAAAGAGCAGGAAUUAAAAGCAAAACAAAGAGCAAUGGAAGAGGAAAUGAGGAAAAAGGAAAUCAUGCUAAAACAGCAUGAGGAAAAUAGAUUGGCAAUGGAAAGGCUGAAAAAAGUGCUAACACAAGCUAUUACCCAAAUCAAUGAAGCCAAUGAGCGUGCUGUUUUGCUAGGUAAAAGCACAAUUUUUCAGCCUGAACUAUAUAGAGAUAACUCUUUAAAUAGUGGUAGGCCAGGGACUGGCAUGCAGCAAACACAAGUUCGUGUAAAAGUCCUUAUUCCUGACAUCUCUGAUGAUUUCCAAAUUCAUUGGCCACUAGACAAGCUUGAAGCAAGGCUGAUUGACAUGCAAGAAAUUUCGAAUCAGCUAGAAUACGGAGGGGAUAUAAAUGAUGUGGAUAUUGGCUAUGACCCAUUCUUUGACAAAGUAGACUCUUUAGGGGAUACCUAUUGACGCUUAUCUUAAAUGGUCCAUCAAUAUUUUGGCUAAAAUAUAAAAUUAUUUUAUAUAAGACAAUUAAAGGGAAAAGCUAUAUAAGCUUAUAGGAAAUUCUUAUAUUUACCUCGAUAGUAUUUAUUAUCUAAUAACAGUCGAUGAGGAUAAGGUACCCAUCAUUGACGACAGAGGGAGUAAAAAAGGAAUGCUAAAAGUCGCUAUUACUCCAAAGAUUGAUGGAAUUGUAAUGGAAGAAUUUGACAAUUUAAAAGAAAUUUUAGGCAAGAACCUGAAUUUAAAGGUAGCUAUUGGAGAAGCUACAGAUAUUCCUGAGAAUUUCAGCACGAAUUGCUAUUGUAAAUACAAGUUUGCUGUUGUUUCUGAAGAAGAAUAUAUGACUCAAAAAUGCAUGCAGACAACUGUAAACCCGAAGUUUAACUAUAUAAGAGACCAUAAUAUAGAAAUCACUCCUGAGGUAGCUGACGAUUUUUUACACCAUGCACUUGCUAUUAGUGUGUAUGGGGAUAUUACUGAAGAAACCAAACAAAGAGAGCUCAACAAAUUGAGAGAAAAAUAUGGGCAGGCAUCAAACCCUGUGAAAUCAGCAAGAAUCAAAGAGUUUGAAGAAGAGCCAGAAAUACUAGAAAAUGAUCAUCCAGGAUACUCUGAAAUUUAUAAUAAUAGCAAAACUAUAGUUCCUAGUGAAAAUCCUGAAGCACUUAAAACUGCCCUUGAGCAAAAAGAGCUCCAAAUCCAAAAGCUUAAAGCAGAAAAUAUUAAAAGAGAACAAGAAUAUGCAAUCAGGCUAAGAGAACUCGAAGAAAGAGAGAAAAAAGCUAGUAACCAGGUUCCAGUUGCGAAGCGAGGGUCCUGCGCCUGCUUAAUCUUUUAA